AUGUCGCACUUGGCACGCACCAUUCGUCCAGCGGCCCGCCGCCUCGCUGCCGGUCGCCCGGCUGUCGCGCCCGCGCCUCUCGUAAUCCAGAGAUGCUUCGCCGACAAGCCCCCCAUCUACACCGAGAAGGCCGUCAACCACGAACUGGGUGUUGGUGAGCUCGAGGGUAUCAAGUUUCGCGUUGAGCCAUUGCGUCGUGUUGGCGAGGAUGAGCGAACCAUGCGUGCCCGUCUCCUCUACCAAUCCCGCAAGCGUGGCACCCUCGAAUCAGAUCUCCUUCUUUCGACCUUCGCCAACGAGAACCUCCCCACCAUGACCAAGGCCCAGAUGCAGCAGUACGACCUCUUCCUUGACGAAAACGACUGGGAUAUCUACUACUGGGCCACACAAGAAGAAGCUCCCUCCGCUUCUGCCCCGACCACCGGCGGUUCCGAUAUCCUCGCCUCGUCCACGACCAACGCUGCCGAGUCUUACCGCGGCGUCGGCGACGGCGCCAAGAAGACCAUUGACUCGGGCGCCGGCGCCAGCACGGUCGAGGAUGUGCAAGUCCAACCCCCGCGCGCAGGAGAGUGGUCCAACACGAUCGGCACCUUUAAGGCUGCAUACCGUCCUGUGCCGGUCCGGUGGAAGGGCAGCGAGAUCCUCGAGAUGAUCCGCGCGCAUGUAAGGAGUCGGAGGGCCGACGGAACCGUGGGCGUGCACCGGGAUGUGCAGGAGAGAAAGGAGGGCGGCAUGGGCUUCAUGCCACCUCUUUUCGAUGUUGACCAGGCCAGCAAGAAAUAA